AUGACGAAAGAUGAUGCUGCGGAUGUGGAAGCGUCCAGCAGCAAGGACAACAUGGCUCAUAUGACCCUCUCCCACGACGACAAACCGGAACUCAUGGGGACCAUGGAUGACAUUGCCCGAGUCAUCGACCACAAAGCCGAAAGAAGCUUGGCUUUCAAAUUUGACAUUCGCAUCCUACCCGUUAUUGCAGUCAUGUACCUCUUCAAUGCUCUCGACAAAGGCAACAUCGGUAACGCCCAAACCAAGGGUCUAAGCAAAGAUCUCAACUUCAAAGAUGGCCAGUACAACCUCAUCGUCUCCAUCUUCUUCGUUCCCUACGUCAUUUUCGCUCCCCCCGUGGCUAUGCUGGGCAAGAAAUAUGGCCCGUCACGCACUCUCCCCAUCAUGAUGUUUUGCUUUGGCUCCAUGACACUUCUUACCGCAGCCGCCCAGAACUUUGGUGGCAUUUUUGCUCUUCGCUGGUUUCUCGGAAUGGCCGAGGCUGCCUUUUUUCCCACAGUCAUCUAUUACCUCACCACAUUUUACCGCCGUGGCGAGCUGGCCAGACGGCUAGCCAUCUUUUAUGCUGCGUCCAACAUUGCCAACGCCUUUAGCGGUCUGUUGGCGUUUGCCGUUUUUCAUAUCAAGGACAGCAAAAUUCUCGCCUGGCGUUAUCUCUUCAUCAUUGAAGGUAGCAUCACAGUUCUCUUUGCCAUCUUUGCCUUUUGGUAUUUACCCAAAAGCGCAAGCGAGGCCAAGUUUCUGAGCAAGGAAGAAAAGGAUCUUGCUUUCCACCGAAUCCAGGUCGAUUCUUCCGCUGUUGUCGGCGAAAAGUUCAAUCUCAAAGAAGCCUUGAAAAUUUUUACAUACCCUUCGACAUUUGCCUUUCUCGGUAUCGAAAUCUGUCUGGGCGUGCCUCUUCAGUCUGUCAGCCUUUUUCUGCCCCAGAUCAUUCAGCGUCUACAAUUCAGCACAAUCAAAACCAACCUCUACACUGUGGCUCCCAACGUCACUGGUGCCGUUAUGCUGCUUAUUCUCGCCUUCAUCUCUGAUUGGACGCGCCUACGUUUCCCUUUUAUAAUUCUGGGUUAUGCCUUUACAUUUACAGGCUUCAUCAUUUAUGCUGCUAUUGAGGAUGUUGAGAAGCAGCUGCAUCUUGCUUAUUUCGCCACAUUCAUGAUGUGCUGGGGCACGUCGGCGCCUUCGGUGCUGCUGUCCACUUGGUACAAUAACAACGUUGCCCACGAAGGCCGACGUAUCACGCUGACGUCUGUCGGCGUCCCCCUCGCUAACCUCAUGGGUCUUGUGUCGAGCAACAUUUUCCGACAAAAGGAUGCUCCUAAAUACAAGCCUGCACUCAUCACCACUGCUGCUUUCGGUGCUGCCGGUGCGACCAUUACUGCGUGUCUCGGCGCAUACAUGAUUUUUGACAAUGCUCGACGUAACCGCAGAGCAGGCCGAAAGAUUGAUGCUCGCGAUGUACCCACGCAACGGCUACGGGAUGGCCCCAGCACAGAGGAGUUUCGCUGGUUUCUAUAA